GCCCCCUCCACUAUCUCCGAGCAGCCAAGAGAGAGAGAGAGAGCUCUGCAAGGGAGGGAGGGAGGGAAAGCCGCCGCGGCACGAGAGAGGCAAACCCUAGCACAAAGACUCACUUUCUCCGGAGCAAGCCAAGCCGCGGAUAGCAUAGCAUCCGCAUCGCCGCCGCACCCACCAUGAUCUUCCCCCCUGCCUUCCUGGAUUCCUCGAGCUGGAACGAUAACCAGCAGCAGCAGCAGCAGCACCAGCACCAGCAGCAAGCUCACCACCAGGUUGCGGCCAGCGGAGGUGGCGGCGACGGCAAUCAUGACCUUCUCCAGCCAUCAAUCAUGGGGGGAGCGCUUCCCGAAGGUUGUCCUGGGGGCGGCGGCGCCGGGCAGGUGGGGCCGGCGAAGCCGAUGUCCAUGGCCGAGCGGGCGCGGCUGGCGAGGAUCCCGCUGCCGGAGCCGGGGCUCAAGUGCCCCCGCUGCGAGUCCACCAACACCAAGUUCUGCUACUUCAACAACUACUCGCUCUCGCAGCCGCGCCACUUCUGCCGCGCCUGCCGCCGCUACUGGACGCGCGGCGGCGCGCUCCGCAACGUGCCCGUGGGCGGGGGCUACCGCCGCCACGCCAAGCGCGCCAAGCCCAAGGCGGCGGCCGCGCCGGGCUCGGGGACAGCAGCGUCGGCCGCCACCGCCGCGCUGGCUCCCGCCGGGUCCACGUCGUCAGCCUGCACCACGACCAACGUGCCCGCGCUCCCCGGCCCCGCCAUGCUAGGCGGCAACCUGUCCAUGCUGCCGCCGCUGCUGCGCCUCGCCGACUUCGACGCCAUGAGCCUCGGCUCGAGCUUCUCCGGGAUGGGGAAGCCGUCCCUCGACGCCGCGGGAGGCUACUCGGUGGGUGGCGGCAGCGGUCCCGGCGGGCUGGAGCAGUGGAGGGUGCAGCAGAUGCAAAGCUUCCCGUUCCUGCAUGCGAUGGACCAGGGCCCGCUGGGGCCACCUCUGGCGAUGACAAUGGCGCCCGGGAUGUUCCAGCUAGGUCUAGACAGUGGUGAUGGUCGUGGUGGCGGUGGCGCCGGCGGAGAAGACGGGUCGGGAGAGCUCCACGUGAUGCAAGCUAAGAGGGAAGGCGGCGGCGGCUACGCAGCAAGAGGCAUGUAUGGCGAUCACCACCUCGCCGCUGCCGGCUACGCUUCCUAUUCCAACAAUGCUGCUACAGGUAACCAUCUCUUGUAAUGGUCGAGCUUAAUUCAGGGCCAGCUACGACGAUGAUCGUUAAGUUGUUCCUACAACUAGCUAGGGACAGAGUGUGUGAUGGUAUUGUGAUAUAGAAGGCUAGCAUGCAUUUGCAAUGUUUUCUUCAAGAACUGGAGAGGGGAGAGGGAGAGAUCAGAGACAAUGGUGCUCGAUUUGGACAUGGACGGGCCGUAUGCUGGAUCAUGCACAAGUAUUAUCUAUAGCUGCAAGUUAGCUCGCAUGAUCACUUGUUUUAUGUUUCUUCUUUCUUUCGUUUUUCCUAUGAUCGGAUCCCUUUGGGUUUCACCGUCGAGCAUUUGGGGUGAAGAAGUAAUGUGUACUGCUGUUGAUCAUUUUGUUCAUGGAAACACCUAUCAUAUGUCAAUUAUUCCCCCUUUUAACUA